UCCCGCGGCUCCCUGGCGUCCUCAGGCCUCCCGGCUCCACAAGAGGGGCUUGGAGCGGGAGGGACCACGUCGAGGGUGGCGAAGAGCAUUGUGGGGGCGUUAUGUAAAAGUAGGACCCCAACCGACAGGUCCCCCUGGGCCCUCGCGCUGUCUGGGCACGCGAUGCCUGACGCGGAUGCUUGGGAAGGUUCCAGCGCGGGAAACUGAACCUUGUGGGUGUUUUGUUGUGGUUGGCUGCUGCGCAUGCGUCUCUGUGCCAGGUGGGUGUCGGAUUGUGUCAACUCUUGCAGAUGACGAGAGCGCCAUUUUUCGGUACGGAAGUGACAGUGCAACGCUUUUACCCCGACACCUUCUGGAAUGAUGUCACGCCUGUUUUUCUUUGGGAAAAGGAGACACCCCCCCCCAGCCCCACGUAAGAUCGAGCAAGAUUUAAAAGUCCCGGCCGAUAUUCCCUAACGAGAUAGAACCCAGACCUCCCAAAUUCGAGGCGAGCAUUCUACAAAGAACCUAAUCUACCAUGCCCUCAUGAUACUUAAUUAACAUCUGUUCAGCAUCUGCCAUUCCAGGGGUCUACAAGAUCCUAGGGUCGGGGAGUGAGAGCCAUGUCCAGGCCGUCCCUCAUCGCAUUUACUCCAGCCACCGACUCCAGCGACCUCUGGAAAGAUGGGCAGCAGCAACCACAGCCUGAGAAGCCAGGGCCAGUCCUGGAUGGGGCCGCAGCCCGGGCUUUCUACGAGGCUCUAAUUGCAGAUGAGAGUAGCUCCCCUAAGCCCCAGAGAGCUGGCCCUGUCAGAGGACAAAAGAGGAGGAAAAGGAGAGGGACCAGGGAGGCUGCGGCGGUGGCAGCAGGAGCCUCGGGGCAAGGAAGGCCACUGCCACCAGAGGAUGACGACAGGAUGACCCAGUGGAUCCUGCUGGCAGCCCAGAACGGGGAUCUGACAGAACUUCGAAGGCUGCUGGAACCCCGGGAGGCAGGGGGAGCUGGAGGGAACAUCAAUGCACGCGAUGCCUUCUGGUGGACUCCCCUGAUGUGCGCCGCCAGAGCAGGCCAAGCGGCUGCCGUGUGCUAUCUUCUGGACCGGGGUGCUGCCUGGGUAGGAGUCUGUGAGCUGGGAGGCAGAGAUGCUGCUCAGCUGGCCGAAGAAGCGGGCUUCCCUGAGGUGGCCCGCAUGGUCAGAGAGAGCCGUGGAGAGACAAGGAGCCCCGAGAACCAGAGCCGGUCUCCCCCCACCGCCUCCCAGUUCUGCGAGGACUGUGGUGCCCACUUUGAAGACUCCAACCACCGCACAUCAACUGCUCACCUGCUGUCACUGUCUAGGAGUCCCCAUCCCUCCAACCUUCCCCUUGGGGUGCCCACCUCCAGUCCUGGCUUCAGGCUGCUGUUGAGGGGUGGCUGGGAACCAGGAAUGGGCCUAGGACCCCGGGGUGAAGGCCGUGCCAACCCUAUUCCCACUAUCCUCAAGCAGGACCAGGAAGGACUGGGCUAUAGACCUGCACCCCAACCCCGAGUCACACAUUUCCCAGCUCGGGAUACCCGGGCUGUGUCUGGGAGAGAAAGAGUACCUCGAGUCGCCACACUAAGUCAGAGGGAGAACAGAAAGAGAGAAGAGAAGGACAGAGCCUGGGAGCGAAAUCUGAGACUGUACAUGAACCUUGAAUUAUGACUGGUUCGGUCCAGCCUGUUGUUACUUGCUGGACUUGGACCCCUGACAUGGGCACUUGAACUUGUACUUCCUGGGAUCUGCCCAGAUACCAGACCCUCAGGUUUUGGCACUUGGCCUCUGUUUCUAGAGAGAAGGGCUGAGAGUUGAGAGAUAAAUAAACUUCCUUCAUUAUGGUUUGUUUA